CCCGCGAAGACCUAACGGGCUCCAGGAACCGCCGUCAGUGGCCGAAGCCAGACGUGCAUACUGCACACCGAAGAGAAGAGCGGAUCCUGGAUCCUGGAGCUGCUGGGGAUGGACCGGCUUCCCUGCCCCCCCCCCGGGGAGCUGGAGGCAUUAAAGGGGAAGGCACGCGGGGGUAAGGGAGGGAGCUGCAUGCGGCAGGAACAGGUGGUCUGGCGGGUAGUCACAGGUGGACAUGACCCUGGACAGACUCGCGCCGUUUUCCAAUCCGGUCAGGCUUUAUCCUCUGGGAAGGUCUGGUCCUUCACUCCUCAAGGCAAAUGGUCCGCAAAUCUCAAGGGAAGUUGGUUACUUCUGCUACGGACCAAAGGACUUAGGUCAGCAAGCAAGGAGUGCGUAGGCUUGAAGCAAGGUCACCCUUGGAUGGGUUGGAGUGGGUUGGACCGAUGUUACCGCCCUCCCAAGGCUGUACCAGCUGAUUAGAGCAUCUAUUCACAUACACAGUGAAGUCAAGUUUUUGUUGUUGUCAUUUGUUUUUAGUAAAUUACCACACAGCAAGGAUAACCUGUUUUUACCAGACAAAUGGGCUUUAGGCUCAACAAAUUAUUUUCCCUCGUCUAUACAGGAUGUUCCUAGAAAGUAAGCAUUCUUAUCCCAAACACUGGGUUACGUUUAUUUUCUAAUAUUUAAGGCAACUUAAAUAGAAGUGUACCUCAAUGAAAACGACUUCAUUUUGUUGACGGCAUGCUGUGCUUUCCUGAUCCUGUUGCGUGUAUUCCGGGAGACGCCGGAAGCGGGACGCGGCCGCGCGCGCCAGGGGGCGUGGCCUCCAGGAGCCGCGGGCGGGGCGCUUCCGGGAGCCCGGCGGCCGCUUCCGGGAGCCGGGGGCUAGGCCCCGCACGCUGCGGCGGAGCUGGUUGAGCGGCCUGGUGUGUCCCUCGCCUUGGGGUCCAGGGUUCGGGCUCGGACCCCGGCGGGAGCGGCCCUGCGGACCCCCGACGAGCUGAGCCGCGAGGGCGACCCGGAGUGGGGGCCCCUCGAUGCGAGCAGGGAGUAGGGCUCCGCGCUCGUCGUUGCCAAGCCAGCACGAACGAAGGUCACUGCUGUUGUGACCGCGGUUCCUCAGCGCUUCUCUCCCUCUGGGUGGGUCCCACCUGCGCGCGGACGGACGACCCUGUGCCACCUCACGAGGCUUGGAAGUGUUCCCUGAGGCCGGGGCGCCGGAUUCGGAGGCUCCCUCGGCCCGCGCGCCCCUCCUCCAGUGACGCGACACCACCCUACGCGAGGGGUUCCGCUGGUAGUUGUGAUUGCUGAGUGCCCCGCGUGGAGUGGACGCUCCAGGAUGCCAGGGCUCUGUGCACUGACGCAGUUCGUUCGAAUGCCUGCAAUGCUUUCUGCACAGGCUCGGCCUCUAUUAGUGCAUUUUUGUGGAUUUACCGAAUGAAUAAAAAUAGUUACUGUGGUCACAGGUCUUGCGUGGUUCUUCGCGGGAUCUGCCGUUUACCCCCUAUUUAGUUCUGUGCCCUAGAGCGCCCUCAGCAGCCUCCAGGUGACACGCCAGCAGAAGCCAGGCAGGAUGGCUGUGGACACAAGAAAGUCUGCCGGCCAGUUCCACCCUGAAUGGGGUCAGCAGGGGCCUGCGGUGGUGAAGGUGGAGCUGGAGGAGGACAACCCCAGGAGUCAGGUGCCGGACAACCAGCCCCCUGCCUGGGAGAUCUUCAGACAGCGCUUCAGACACUUCUGCUACCAGGAGACGCCUGGACCCAGGGAGGCGCUGCGCCGACUCCGCGAGCUGUGCCGCCAGUGGCUGCGGCCCGAGACGCACAGCAAGGAGCAGAUCCUGGAGCUGCUGGUGCUGGAGCAGUUCCUGGCCGUCCUGCCCGCGGAGCUCCAGGCUCGGGUGCGGGAGCACCAUCCGGAGAGCGGGGAGCAGGCGGUGACCGUGCUGGAGGAUCUGGACGGAAAAAGAAAUGUACAAGCUUCAGCCUGUGUUCUGGAACAGGAAAUCCUUUUGCAGAGAGUGACCCUUCAGACGCUGGAUGAAGAAUCUUCAUACACAUGGGUUCAGCCCCCAGCAAUCCAGUUCAAGGGCAAAGGACCUGAGCCCCAACCAUCAGAGGAAGGAGAUGGUGGAGUGAGGACUGACAACGUGAUGUUAGACGUGAAGCAGGAACUCUGUGAAGAAACAGAGCCUUGUGGGAAGGGGUCUGAUGGACAGGAUGGAACUUCAUCUCAGCAUGCCAAAUACACAGGGGACAGGGAGCCCCGUGGAACUUUGGAAAGGCAGGACGGGGGUGGCCCAGGCAGAAAAGUCUCUGCCUGUGAAGAAUGCAGGAAAACCUUCACCUGGACAAGAGGCCUUCACAUGCACAGGAGGACCCACAGCGGGGAGACACCAUGCUCACACACAGAACGUGGAGAGGCCUUCAUCAGACGGUCAGAGCUUAGCCAGCACCAGGAGCUUCAUGGCAAGGAAAAGCCUUAUCACUGUCAAGAGUGUGGCAAAGGUUUCAGUCAGAAAGCAGGCCUCCUCCAACAUCUCAAAAGCCACACUGGAGAAAAGCCAUAUCGAUGUAGUAAAUGUGGCCGGUGUUUUAGUCGGAGAUCAGUUCUUACAAAGCAUCAAAGUGUCCACACUGGAGAGAAACCUUUUGAAUGUACAGACUGUGGAAAAGCCUUCUGCCAUAGUUCAGACCUAACUGAACAUCAGCGAUUCCACAAGGAGAAGCCUUAUGAAUGUAACGAGUGUGGGAAAACCUUCCGGCAACGUUCACAUCUGAUUGAGCACCAGCGAAUCCACAGUGAAGAAAAACCCUAUGAAUGCAAGGUGUGUGGAAAAGCCUUCACUCAGUAUGCAGGACUUAACCAACACCAGAGAAUCCAUACUGGAGAGAAACCUUUUGAAUGUCCUGUGUGUGGACGCGCCUUUAGCCGGACCUCAGAACUCAUAAUACAUCACAGAAUCCACUCGGGGGAGAAGCCCUAUGAGUGUGCUGAGUGUGGCAAAACGUUUAGCGUGAGCUCAACCCUGGUCAUACAUCAAAGAAGCCACACCGGGGAGAAGCCCUAUAAAUGUGGUGAGUGUGGCGAAGCCUUCAGCCAACGCUCGGGCCUUAAUAAGCACAGGUUGGGGGGGAAGCACAGGAACCCCCCUGAGCCAGGAACACACAAGUGUGCUGAGUGUGGGAAGACCUUCACUCGGUCGACCGGCCUGCGGAACCAUACGAGAAUCCACACUGGGGAUAAAACCUACCAGUGCCCUGAGUGUGGGAAGGCCUUCACCAGGGGCGAGCAUCUUAUCGAACACCAGGCGAUUCACAACAAGGUAAAGCCCUAUCAGUGUAAAGAGUGUGGCAAAGCCUUCAGUCAGAAGACGGGUCUUAGUCACCAUGUCAGAAUCCACACGGGAGAGAAGCCUUUUCAGUGCCCGGAAUGUGGGCGCGCCUUCAGUUGGAAGUCAGAUCUCAAGAAACAUAAGAGAGUCCACUCGGAGGAGAAGCCCUAUGCGUGUGAGGAGUGUGGGAAGGCCUACAGGCAGAGAGCCACGCUGCUCCAGCACCUGAGGGGCCACGGGGAGCUGAGCCCGGCCGGCCGAGUGAGUGCGGGCAAUCCCCCUGGGGGCCCCGACCCAGUACCAGAGAAUCCGCUGCACCCCGACACCCCGCCCAGGCGUGAGGUGAAAACUGCGGGGCGAAUCCAUGACUCCUUUUCUUAACUGAGAUAAAAUGUUUCUUGAACUUCAUUAUUUAAAGAAAACCAGAGAUGCCACAUUGGAAAGUUUUUAUAGGAGCGCUGCGGUGGCUCAGUCCGUUAAGCAUCCAACUUUGGCUCAGGUGGUGAUCUCACCAUUCGUGAGUUUGAACCCCAUGUUGGGCUCUGUGCUGACAGCUCAGAGCCUGGAGCCUGCUAUGGAUUCUGUGCCUCCUUCUCUCUCUGCCCCUCCCCUCUUACGCUCUGUCUCUCUCUCAAAAAUAAAUAAACUUGGGGCACCUGGGUGGUUCAGUCGGUUAGGUGUCCGACUUCAGCUCAGGUCAGUAUCUCACAGUUCGUGGGUUCAAGCCUCGCAUCGGUCUCUGUGCUGACAGCUCAGAGCCUGGAGCCUGCUUCAGAUUCUGUGUCUCCUUCUCUGUCUACCCCUUGCCUGCUCAUGCUCUGUCUCUGUCUCUGUCUCUCUCUCAAAAAUAA